AUGCACAAAGCGUCAAAUUCAGAGAGACUUCGAAGUCCAGAUGGUCUGAAAUCUUCGGUUUUCAAAGCAAUACGGAAUGCAAGGACAAUCGCUGGAAAUGAUAGUAAAAAUAUUCGAUGUCCAUUUGCAACAAUCGAUGAUGAACUAGAAAUUGCUGAUUUCCGAAUAUUAGAUAAGAGUGAAAUGAAUGAGGAACUAAAACCGAUGCAAAAAUCACAAGAGAAAAAUCAUAAUGAGCAAGAUAUUUCGUUGGGUAAAUUGAAUAGUUGUUGGAUACGGUGA